AUGGACUCAAAGCAGGGAAGCUCACCAAAGGCAGAAGGAUCCAAAGAAAGAGGCCUGGUCCAUGUCUGGCAGGCGGGAUCCUGCUCUGUAACCCCAGAGAGAUUGCCCGGCUGGGGAGAAAGGACUGUUCUUCAGGCGGCCCUGGGAGUGAAGCAUGGAGUUCUUCUGACGGAAGAUGGGGCGGUGUACAGCUUCGGCGCCCUCCCCUGGCGAAGUGCCCCGGCAGAGGCCUGUCCGAGCAGCCCCGUUCUCGAACAUGCCCUGGCUGGGCAGUGUGUCGUCGCUGUGGCAGCGGGCAGUUUCCACAGCGGCGCGGUGACAGAGGGCGGUGUUGCGUACAUGUGGGGGGAGAACUCCGCUGGCCAGUGCGCCGUCGCCAACCAGCAGCGGGUUCCGGAGCCCAGUGCCGUCAGCAUUGCUGACUCUGAGACCAGUCCUUCAUUGGCAGUCAGGAUUGUGCAGUUGGCAUGUGGCGAGGAGCACACGCUGGCAUUGUCGAUCAGCAGAGAGAUUUGGGCAUGGGGUACCGGUUGUCAGUUGGGUCUCAUGACCACUACCUUCCCAGUGACAAAGCCACAGAAGGUGGAGCACCUUGCUGGGCGUGUAGUGCUCCAGGUGGCCUGUGGCGCGUUCCACAGCUUAGCGCUCGUGCAGUGCCCCCCUUCUCAGAAGCCAGUCCCAGAACGAUGCAACCAGUGCAGCCAGCUCUUGAUCACUAUGACUGACAAAGAAGACCACGUGAUUAUAUCAGACAGUCACUGUUGCCCACUUGGUGUGACCUUGGCGGAAUCCCAGGCAGAAAAACAGGCGAGCACUGCCAUCAGCCCCUCCACGGAAACCCGGGACAGCCUGGAGGAGGUAUUUGAGAGCACGGGUGUACCGCAUGAUCUGGCUGUCGCUAACAAACUGAAUGUUGGAAAUGUCCAUACCACGAGUGGCAAUGCCAUUCCCUCCCCACUGGACAUCAUAGGAACAACAGAAACAUCUGCUGGAAACAUACCCUCAGACCCUGCUGCUCCGGCUGGGAGUGAACUCGCGCAGAAACUGUCAGACCCCUCAGCGAGAGAGAACUUGGAGAACCGUGAAAAGCCAGUGCCAUCCCAGCCCCUUGUAGAAGAAGCAGUUCCUAAUCUUCACAGCCCACCAACCACAAGCACCUCAGCCCUAAACAGCCUCGUGGUCUCAUGUGCAUCUGCUGUUGGUGUGAGAGUAGCUGCUACCUAUGAAGCUGGGGCCUUGUCUCUUAAGAAAGUUAUGAACUUUUAUAGUACAGCCCCAUGUGAGCCUGGAGCUCAGGCAGGCGGCAGUUCCAUAGGCCCAGAAGGUCUGAAGGACAGCAGAGAAGAGCAGGUUAAACAGGAAUCCAUGCAAGGAAAGAAGAGUUCAAGUCUCGUGGAUAUCAGAGAAGAAGAAUCAGAGGGAGGCAGCCGCAGGCUCUCCCUCCCUGGAUUGUUGUCACAAGUGUCCCCCAGGCUGCUAAGAAAGGCUGCGCGUGUGAAAACACGGACAGUGGUUCUGACCCCAACAUACAGCGGAGAAGCAGAUGCACUCCUGCCUUCCCUGAGAACAGAGGUGUGGACCUGGGGCAAAGGGAAGGAAGGGCAGCUGGGGCAUGGCGAUGUUCUGCCCAGGCUUCAACCAUUGUGUGUAAAAUGUCUGGAUGGUAAAGAGAUAAUUCACCUGGAGGCAGGUGGCUUCCAUUCCCUUGCACUUACUGCAAAAUCCCAGGUUUACUCAUGGGGCAGCAAUACCUUUGGCCAACUUGGGCAUUCCGAUUUUCCAACAACUGUUCCUCGUCUUGCAAAGAUAAAGAGUGACAAUGGAGUCUGGAGUGUAGCUGCAGGCCAGGAUUAUUCCCUGUUUUUAGUGGAUACAGAAGACUUCCAGCCUGGGUUAUAUUACAGUGGCCGGCAGGACCAUACAGAAGGUGACAACCUUCCAGAGAAUCCCAGUGGUACUAAGGCUCCAGUACUUCUCUCCUGUAGUAAGCUUGGAUAUAUAAGCAGAGUGGCAGCUGGAAAAGACAGCUAUUUAGCCUUGGUGGACAAGAACAUUAUGGGGUAUAUUGCCAGUCUCCAUGAGUUGGCUGCUACGGAAAGAAGGUUUUAUUCAAAACUAAGUGACAUCAAAUCUCAGAUUCUCAGGCCUCUUCUCAGUUUAGAAAAUUUGGGCACCGCAAGUACUGUCCAGCUGUUGCAAGAAGUGGCGAGCCGAUUCAGUAAGCUGUGUUACCUAAUUGGGCAGCAUGGAGCCUCACUGAGCAGCUUCCUUCAAGGGGUCAAGGAAGCCAGGAGCCUGGUCAUUCUGAAGCAUGCCAGUCUCUUCUUGGAUAGUUACACAGAGUAUUGUACAUCUAUUACACAUUUCCUGGUUAUGGGAGGAUUCCAGCUGCUCGCUAAGCCUGCCAUUGAUUUCCUAAAUAAAAAUCAAGAGCUGUUGCAAGAUUUAUCAGAAGUGACUGAUGAAAACACGCAGUUGAUAGAAAUACUGAAUACUUUGUUUUUCUUGCCAACUAGACGACUUCAUAAUUAUGCAGAAGUUUUGCUAAAGCUUGCUACUUGUUUUGAAGUGACAUCUCCAGAAUACCAGAAACUGCAGGAUUCCAGUUCUUGUUAUGAGUGUCUUGCUCUCCAUCUCGGCAGGAAAAGGAAGGAAGCAGAAUACACACUGGGCUUCUGGAAGACCUUCCCUGGCAAAAUGACGGAUUCCUUAAGGAAGCCAGAGCGCCGGCUGCUGUGUGAGAGCAGUAACCGAGCCUUAUCUCUGCAGCAUGCUGGGAGGUUCUCUGUGAACUGGUUCAUUCUCUUUAAUGAUGCACUGGUCCACGCCCAGUUCUCCACACACCAUGUGUUCCCUUUGGCCACCAUAUGGGCAGAGCCACUUUCUGAAGAAGCAGGUGCUGUGAAUGGUUUGAAAAUAACUACACCUGAGGAGCAGUUCACUCUCAUUUCAUCAACACCCCAGGAAAAGACUAAGUGGCUACGGGCUAUAAGCCAGGCUGUGGAUCAGGCUUUGAGGGGGGCAUCUGAACAUCCACCUUACGGAGGUGGCAGCAGCGUUCAGAGGCAGGAGCCGCCCAUUUCACGCACUGCUAAGUACACUUUCUAUAAGGAUCCUCGCCUGAAGGAUGCAACCUAUGAUGGACGCUGGUUUUCAGGGAAGCCUCAUGGAAGAGGGGUUUUGAAGUGGCCAGAUGGAAAGAUGUAUUCCGGCAUGUUCAGGAAUGGCUUGGAAGAUGGGUAUGGAGAAUACAGAAUCCCAAACAAAGCACUGAGCAAAGAAGACCAUUAUGUGGGCCAUUGGAAAGAAGGAAAGAUGUGUGGUCAGGGAAUCUAUAGUUAUGCCUCUGGUGAAGUGUUUGAAGGUUGUUUUCAAGAUAACAUGCGUCAUGGUCACGGUCUCCUACGAAGUGGAAAAUUGACUUCCUCUUCUCCCAGCAUGUUCAUUGGCCAGUGGGUAAUGGAUAAGAAAUCAGGAUAUGGUGUCUUUGAUGAUAUCACAAGGGGGGAAAAGUAUAUGGGAAUGUGGCAAGAUGAUGCAUGUCAAGGGAAUGGUGUGGUAGUUACCCAGUUUGGAUUAUACUAUGAAGGCAACUUUCACCUUAAUAAAAUGAUGGGAAAUGGGGUUUUGCUUUCUGAAGAUGAUACUAUCUAUGAGGGAGAAUUUUCGGAUGACUGGACUCUUAGUGGAAAGGGAACACUGACUAUGCCAAAUGGAGAUUACAUUGAAGGUUAUUUUAGUGGUGAAUGGGGAUCUGGCAUAAAAAUCACUGGAACCUACUUUAAGCCUAGUCUGUAUGAGAGUGAUAAAGACAAACCCAAAGUUUUCAGGAAACUAGGAAAUCUGGCUGUGCCAGCUGAUGAGAAGUGGAAAGCAGUGUUUGAUGAAUGUUGGCAUCAGUUGGGCUGUGAAAGUCCAGGCCAAGGGGAAGUUUGGAAAGCAUGGGACAACAUUGCUGUGGCCCUGACUGCCAACCGGCGCCAACACAGAGACAGUCCAGAGAUACUAAGUCGUUCACAGACUCAGACACUAGAGAGUUUGGAGUUCAUUCCUCAGCAUGUUGGUGCCUUCUCAGUGGAGAAAUAUGAUGACAUCAAGAAAUAUUUAAUAAAGGCCUGUGACACUCCUCUGCACCCCCUGGGCAGGCUCGUGGAGACACUGGUUGCCGUGUAUAGAAUGACAUACGUGGGCGUGGGAGCCAACCGCCGGCUACUGCAGGAGGCUGUGAAGGAGAUUAAGUCCUACCUUAAGCGGAUUUUCCAACUGGUGAGGUUUUUAUUUCCCGAGCUUCCUGAAGAGGGCAGCACAAUUCCUCUCUCCGCUCCCCGGCCCACAGAAAGGAAAUCCUUCUGCACUGGGAAGUCAGAUUCCAGACCCGAAUCCCCGGAGCCGGGUUACGUGGUAACCAGUUCUGGGUUGCUGCUUCCUGUGCUCCUGCCUCGGCUCUACCCACCUCUGUUCAUGCUCUACGCCCUGGAGAACGAUCGUGAGGAGGACAUUUACUGGGAGUGUGUUCUGCGACUGAACAAGCAGCCAGAUAUCGCCCUGCUGGGCUUCCUUGGGGUUCAGAGGAAGUUUUGGCCAGUGACCUUGUCAAUCCUUGGAGAGACUAAAAAGGUUUUGCCAACCACAAAAGAUGCUUGUUUUGCCUCAGCCGUAGAAUGUCUACAGCAGAUCAGCACAACAUUUACCCCAUCAGACAAACUGAAGGUCAUCCAGCAGACUUUCGAGGAGAUCUCUCAGGGCGUCCUGGCGUCUCUGCAGGAGGACUUCUUGUGGUCCAUGGACGACCUGUUUCCUGUUUUCUUAUAUGUGGUGCUACGGGCCAGGAUUAGGAAUUUGGGCUCUGAGGUACAUCUCAUUGAGGAUCUAAUGGAUCCAUACCUUCAGCAUGGGGAACAGGGCAUAAUGUUCACUACCUUGAAGGCAUGUUACUACCAGAUCCAGCGUGAGAAGCUUAACUAG